AUGAUGGAGGUUCGCGCCAAAAAAGCAAAGGAGCUAGAUGAAGAAUUGCAGAAGCAAUGCCUUGAACUGGGUCUUACUCUUGGUGUUGAUGGUGAGAAAGAAGCCGAUUCCAGUGCAACGGAAAAUCAACCAAAACCUGAAUUGAAUGAAGAGGAAAAAGAGAAAAGAAGAGAAGAGGGAAGAACCAUCAAAACAGAAAUUAAUCUAAAAGAAUUGCUCCAAAGUGAGUCGUGGUCACAGCUUCUGGAGGAAGAGUUCAAAAAAGGAUAUAUCUCCGAAAUCGAAAAGUUCUUGAACGAAGAAGUGAAAAAGGGAAAGCAAGUGUUUCCACCUCAAUCCCAGAUCUUCACAACAUUCAAUGUUUUGCCAUUCGAGGAAAUCAGUGUCGUUGUCAUUGGACAAGACCCAUACCACGGCGAUAAUCAAGCACACGGUCUUUCGUUUAGUGUACAGAAAGGUGUGAAACCUCCACAAUCUUUGAAGAAUAUUUUCAAAGAGCUCGAGUCGGACAUCGACGGAUUCAAGAGGCCUAAUCAUGGAAACUUGCUUGGUUGGACUCGGCAAGGCGUUUUUAUGCUCAAUGCAACACUUACGGUUCGUGCCCAUGAAGCGAAUUCCCAUUCGAAAAUUGGAUGGCAGACUUUCACUGAUACCGUCAUCCGGAUGAUAUCGGAGAAAUCAGAGAAACCAAUUGUGUUUUUGUUGUGGGGAAAAUUUGCACAAAAAAAGGAGGAGCAGAUUGACACUGAGAAGCAUGUAGUUAUCAAGACAGCUCAUCCGUCUCCAUUCAGUGCUCGUAUUUGGCGGGGCUGCAAAUGCUUUUCGAAAUGCAACACGGAGCUGGAGAAUUCAGGAAGAAACCCGAUUAAUUGGUCUGAUUUAUAA